ACAAUAGAUAUUGUCACCAUGAUGGUUUGGGAUAACAUAGAUUUCCUGGAAGAAACAACAACUGAUGCUGGUUCAACACACAUGGCCAAUGGUAUUAUCAUUCAGCAAACAAGAGAUAAUGAGCAACUUCCAACACACUGCAAGACCAGUUCUACUGCCAUGAAAAAGUAA